UCUCUCGUUUUCAUUGUAGACACUUCUACUGCAAAGAUGGUCAAUGUACCUAAAACCCGAAGGACUUUCUGUAAGAAAUGUGGCCAGCAUCAGCCUCACAAAGUGACCCAGUAUAAGAAGGGCAAGGAUUCCCUGUAUGCCCAAGGAAAGCGGCGGCGCUACGAUGGAAAGCAGAGGGGCUACGGUGGAAAGCAGAGGGGCUACGGUGGAAAGCAGAGGGGCUGUGAUGGAAAGCGGCGGCGCUGCGAUGGAAAGCAGAGGGGCUACGGUGGAAAGCAGAGGGGCUACGAUGGAGAGCAGAGGGGCUACGGUGGGCAGACAAAGCCAAUUUUUCGAAAGAAGGCCAAAAUCACAAAGAAGAUUGUGCUCAGGCUUGAGUGUGUUGACCCCAACUGCAGAUCCAAGAGGAUGCUGGCCAUUAAGAGAUGCAAGCAUUUUGAACUGGGAGGCGACAAGAAGAGGAAGGGCCAAGUGAUCCAGUUCUAAAACUUGUGUUCUCUGAAGCA